UUCUCCAAGGAGAAAUACAUCCUCGACUCAUCGCCGGAGAAGCUUCACAAGGAGCUGGAAGAGGAGCUGAAGCUGAGCAGCACCGACCUGCGCAGCCACGCUUGGUACCACGGCCGCAUCCCGCGGGAGGUAUCAGAGAGCCUCGUGCAGAGGAAUGGCGACUUCCUCAUCCGGGACUCCCUCACCAGCCUGGGUGACUACGUGCUGACGUGCCGCUGGCGCAACGAGCCCCUCCACUUCAAGAUCAACAAGGCAACGGUGAAACCCAGCGAGGGCCAUACCCGUGUCCAGUACCUCUUUGAGCAGGAGAGCUUUGACAACGUGCCCGCCCUCGUCCGCUUCUACGUGGGCAACCGCAAAGCCAUCUCGGAGCAGAGCGGGGCCAUCAUCUACUGCCCCAUCAACCGCACCUUCCCCCUGCGCUACCUGGAAGCCAGCUAUGGGCUGGCCAACGGGAAGCAUGGGGGAUCCCACAGCCCCGCCACCCAGAAAGGGGGGCACAUCAAGAGGAGGAGCAUCACCAUGACCGAUGGGCUAACAGCAGACAAGAUCACCAGAGCUGAGGGGUGCCCGACCAGCGUGUCCCUGCCGCACCACAGAGACAUCAUUCGCAACUGUGCCGUCAGCGUGGACCAGAUCCAGGACCUGCACUCCCCGAUGUCCCCCAUCUCCGAGAACCCAGCAUCACCUGCCUACAGCACGGAACUCGAUGUGCUAAAGUUGGAGGAAGUACAGAGAGGUCCUAUAGAGAACGGCUCCAGGGAAGCAGAGGCAGCGCAGAGGCUGAAAGGAGAGCUGGACUAUGUGGGCUUUGUGCCCCCCACCAUGGAGACAACCUCCUCCUUCAACCCCGCAGCCUUCCAGUCCCUGCUUAUCCCCCUGGAGAACAAACCUCUGGAGAUGGCUGUGCUCAAGAAGGUCAAAGAGCUGCUGGCAGAGGUGGACGUGAAGACAUUGGCCAAACACAUCACCAAAGUGGACUGCCUGGUCGCACGGAUACUGGGUGUGACGGCGGAGAUGCGGCGGAUGAUGGGGGUGAGCUCCGGCAUGGAGCUGCUCACCCUGCCCCACGGCCACCAGCUCCGCCUCGACCUGCUGGAACGGUUUCACACCAUGUCCAUCAUGAUCGCUGUGGACAUCCUGGGCUGCACGGGCAGCACGGAGGAGCGGGCAGCCCUGCUCCACAAAACCAUCCAGCUGGCUGCCGAGCUGAAGAGCACCAUGGGGAACAUGUUCGGCUUUGCAGCUGUGAUGAACGCCCUGGAAAUGACACAGCCUGGCUCCGUGGGGCUGGAGCAGAUGGGGAGGGGGAUGCAGGGGCACAGGGUCCUCACGGUGGCUCUCCCCACAGAAGGGCCGCCGCUGACCAACACCACCUUUCCCCACAUCAUACCCCUUGUGACGCUCCUGGAGCGGGAUGAGGCUCUCACGGACAACCCCGAGCCCUGGGGCACCAGUGACAACGGCGUGGAGGUGGUCAUGGCCCACCUGGAGGCAGCGCGGAUGGUGGCCCACCACGGCGGGCUCUACCACACCAACGCGGAGGUGAAGCUGCAGGGUUUCCAGGGCAGAGCGGAGCUGCUGGAGAUUUUCAGCACCGAGUUCCAGCUGCGGGGGCUCCUGUGGGCCAGCCGUGGGGCAGAGAGCAGCCAGGCCGAGCGCUACGAGAAGUUCGACAAGGUCCUCACUGCCCUGUCCCACAAGCUGGAGCCGGCGGUGCGCUUCAGUGAGCUGUGA